CUAAUCUAUCUUUUAUGGAGUAGAUGGCUUUCGGUAGCAGCAGAAGGGUUUGUGAGCAGCAACCAACAGCAGCCAACAGAGUGAGCAGCAGCAGAGCAGAAGGAGCAGAGCAGAUUCGUGAGCAGCAACGAGCAGAAGGGUUCGUGAAGAGCAAAUCGUGAGCAGCAGCAGAGCAAAUAUGUGAGCAACAAACCAGAGGCAGAAAUUGAGAUAUAAGAAGGUGAGAGUGAGAGUGAUUAGAAUGGAGAAAUGAAUUAGGGUUAGGGUUAAAUUUAGGGGAAUGAGUUGGGUUGGGUUUUGUUAAAUUGGAUUAGGUUAUUUAGUCGCUUAAGAAUAGUGGGUGGUUCUGCCUUAAUGUCUGAUCCAUGCUGGGAUGUCUUCAAUAUAUUACUAAAUCGUGAGGCCGGCCUCUUGCUUUGUUGCUUUUGGUUUCGUUUUUCUAGUGGGUUGUUUGAAAGUUUUUGUGGGUCGUCAUUUGUUAAUGCAUUAUUUUCGACAUGGUUUAUGUGUGUACAAAUGUAAUGAAUUUGAGUACCUUUUGUACUUUUAUUAAUAAAACAUUCUUUUGCAA